GUUCUGAGACUUUCCAUAAUUCCAUCUGUAAAGUUUUCAUCAUAAAUGUGAUCAUCAGUUCAGGCUCCCAUGACAGAGAUCACAGACUGAGUGGCUUAAGCAACAGAAGUUCAUUCUCUCAGUUUUAGGAAGCUGAAAGUCUGAGCUCAAAACAUUGCCGGGAUCAUUUCUUUUCAAAGCCUCUCUCCUUAGCUUGUAGGUGGCCGCCUUCUCCCUGUGUCUUCACAUGAUCAUCCCUCUGUGGGUGUCUGUGUCCUAAUCGCCUUUGCUUAUGAACACUCCUACUCCUAUUGGAUUAGGGCCUACCCUAAUGACCCAUCUAAACAUAAUUACCCCUUUAAUGUCCCUGUCUCCAAAUUCAGUCACAUUUUGAGGUACUGCGAUAGUUCAACAUACGAAUUUAGAAGAAUACAAUUCAUUCCACAGCAACAGCCCUUAGAUGGGGAUGCUGAGGCAAACAAGAGUCAGCUACUAUGAAAAAGAGCUGGGAUUUGCCCCCAAGAGGUCAGCUCUCACAGUCUCAGCAUGAACCCCUCAGACCACUGGGUUUAACCAAGCUGUAGGAUUCCAGAAGGGGUACUGACCUUUUCCUGUUUAACUUUCAAGUUGGGCGACAAACCACCUUGGUUUUCCGAGGGCUAUGAGGGUUUUCAGGAGAAGAGAUGUUCAGAGCUCAAACUGGGAAAGUCAUAGGCAAAGCAGGAGAAGUUGGUCACCCUCCCCGCAUGAUUCUACAAAGAACGACCUGUGAUUGGCAAUGUGGAGAAGAGUGCCUGCUCCUGUUGUGGAUGUAGCCCAGGGCUCAGGUGCGUGUCUCCCUCGGGACCCCAAGAAAUCUUUUUUUUUUUAAAUCAGUUUGUGGAACAAACUUUGUUCCAGAAGCUUCUAUGAUUCAGAAGCAAAGUUUGCUUCCAUGAAGAGGUCACCAGCACUUCCCCAAGUGUAACUGACCUACAUAAAGCUCUCCAUAGGCACCCUACCCAAGUGACUCCUCUGUGUCAAACCCUGUUCCAGGAGCUGGAGAAGUUAGUGAACAACAUUGUGAAGAGAAUAAAAACCCAAUAAAUCUUCCAUUUCCACAGAGGGAUUCCUGCAAAAAGUGUGCCCAGGCAGCAAAGGCAGCCCACUACGGCCCAGCUUCUCUCAAUGUUCUCUGGGAAGCCGGAUUGGGACAACGGGACAGAGACCCCAGGACACAUGAACAUGAGUCAUACGGGAGGCGAGUGGUUGGUGGGCAAACAGGUGGUUUUCAUCCUGACAGUGCUGGUGGCUUUAUGUGGGCUGGUGGGCAAUGGUGUGGUCUGCUGGCUCCUCUGCUCCCAGGUCAGGAGCAACCCCUACAUGGCAUACAUCCUUAACCUGGCCGCUGCUGAUAUGGUCAACCUCUCCUGUGUAACUGUGAUCCUGUUGGAGAAAAUCCUCGUGCUGUAUCACCAAGUGACAUUGCAGGUGGCCGUGUUUCUGGAGCCUGUCUCCUAUUUCUCCGACACAGUGGGUCUCUGUCUCCUGGUGGCCAUGAGUAUUGAGAGCUUUCUGCGUGUCCUCUGUCCCACCUGGUGUUGCCACCGCCCAAAACACACCUCUGCCAUGAUGAGUGCCCUGAGCUGGGUCCUGGGCCUUUCUUUGCAUGUGGUUAGCCAGGUCUGUGAGUACUGGGAGAAGGGCUUGGCAUGUGACCAAUUUCAUGCAGGCUUUAUAAUAUUUCACAUGCUUAUUUGUCUUGUGAUGGGCAUUUCCAGCCUGACUUUGACCAUCAGGAGCCUGUGCUGCCUGAAGAAGUGUUCACCCAUCCGGAUCUACCACAUUGUCCGCUUUGUGGCCAUCAGCUUCCUCAUCUGGGGCCUGCCCUUAGUUGUCCCUGUGUACCUGCCAGGAGAAGAAUACCUGACCUUUGCCUUUGACCUCCUGUUGCUGCUGUCCAUGGUAGUCAGUAUGGCUCAAUCAGCCAUCUACUUUUUGGCUGGCUACCUUCAAAGGAAGAGGCAUGGGGAGUCCUUAAAGGUUGUUCUCCUAAGGGCUUUGUUGAAUGAGAUGGAAGGUGGAGGAGACAAGGGGUCUCAGGCAAGGGAACAGCAGGUUACCAGGAUGGAGCUCCUCCCACUCCAGGAAACUGUUCCCCAGAACUGA